UGGACAUAGGUUUUCCAUAGGCUCAAGCGUUGGUGUUUUACGAGAACAUGCUAAAGUGGGAUGGUAACUAUCUUGACUGUUCUGGACGGAUACUUUGGUUGUGGUUGUGACAGCGCAGUGGGCGGGAUUUUACCUCAGCUCACUGGAGAGACUCUAGUCUUUAGUGAGACUGAGGGGGAGUUACAGAGAGAAAGGGACAUAGGGUGCUCUUCAGAGAACGGAAUCUGCAUGCAUGGUGAUCUCUGCCUCUGUGGGUGAUCCUCAGUCACCAUGAAAGACUAGGAACUCAGCUCUCCGAGGGAAAUGGCUUGUUUUGUAAUAUCCCUGCCCUGCUACCUGCCAUAUGACUCCACCUGCCUCUGAAGGGCCUGCCAGCUGUUUAUGGGAACUACUACUGUGUUCGCUCUCUUGAGGAUUUAAGCUUUUCCAGGACAACACUUUUUAUUUUUUUUUACCCCCAUUGUUGAGCUAAAGCAGCAACGCUUUGCAAUAGAGCGGGGAGGCAACGAGACAAUGGCAAACAACUCAUACAGUGGGGUGAAGAACUCCAUGGUGGAGGCCAACCACGAUGGAGAGUUUGGCUGCACGCUCAAUGAACUGCGCUCGCUUAUGGAACUGAGAGGCGCAGAGGCGAUAGUCAAAAUUGGGGAAUCUUAUGAGGAUAUUAAAGGACUCUGCAACCGGUUAAAAACAUCACCUAUAGAUGGUCUAAGUGGACAGCCUGGAGACAUCGAGAAGCGGAAAACAGUGUUUGGGCAAAAUUUAAUACCGCCCAAAAAGCCCAAAACCUUCUUACAGUUAGUGUGGGAGGCACUACAGGAUGUCACACUGAUUAUUCUAGAAGUGGCAGCCAUAGUUUCACUAGGCCUUUCUUUUUAUAGACCUCCAGAUGCCGAAAGAACACACUGUGGAAGGGCAGCUGGCGGAGUGGAAGAUGAAACUGAGUCAGAAGCGGGCUGGAUUGAGGGUGCAGCCAUUCUACUGUCAGUUGUCUGUGUGGUGCUGGUGACGGCAUUCAAUGACUGGAGUAAAGAGAAGCAGUUUAGGGGCCUCCAGAGCCGCAUUGAGCAGGAGCAGAAAUUUACUGUUGUCCGUGGAGGACAAGUCAUCCAAAUUCCUGUGGCUGAGAUUGUGGUCGGGGAUGUUGCACAAGUAAAAUAUGGUGACCUUUUGCCUGCCGAUGGAGUCCUUAUCCAAAGCAACGAUCUGAAGAUCGAUGAGAGCUCGCUCACAGGGGAGUCGGAUCAUGUCAAGAAAACACAAGAAAAAGAUCCAAUGCUGUUAUCAGGCACUCAUGUAAUGGAAGGCUCAGGGAAAAUGUUGGUCACUGCUGUGGGUGUCAACUCUCAAACUGGAAUUAUCUUCACUUUACUUGGGACCAGUGAAGAUGAUGAAGAAGAUGAAGAGGAAAAGAAAAAGGAAAAGGAGGAGAAGAAGAAACAGAGAAAAAACAAGCAGGAUGCAGCGGUGGAGAGCCGUAAGAAAGCUAAAGCCCAGGAUGGUGCUGCAAUGGAAAUGCAGCCACUGAACAGUGAUGAGGCUGAUGCAGAAGAGAAAAAGAAAUCCAGCAUGUCAAAGAAAGAGAAGUCUGUUCUCCAGGGCAAACUGACCAAACUAGCUGUACAGAUUGGCAAAGCAGGACUGGUUAUGUCAGCCAUCACUGUCAUUAUCCUGGUGGUGCUGUUUGUAGUAGACACAUUUUGGAUCCAGGGUCUGCCCUGGGUCAAGGAAUGCACACCCAUUUAUAUUCAGUUCUUUGUGAAAUUUUUCAUCAUCGGCGUCACUGUUCUGGUGGUGGCUGUUCCCGAAGGCCUGCCACUUGCUGUAACAAUCUCCCUGGCAUACUCUGUUAAGAAAAUGAUGAAAGACAACAACCUGGUGCGUCACUUGGAUGCCUGUGAGACUAUGGGCAAUGCUACCGCCAUCUGCUCUGACAAGACUGGUACGCUCACCAUGAACCGCAUGACUGUGGUGCAGGCCUUCAUCGCUGAAAAGCACUACAGGAAGGUCCCUGAACCAGAGAACAUCCCCUCCUCCAUUUUAGACAUGCUGAUUCUGGGCAUCGCAGUCAAUUGUGCUUACACUACUAAGAUCAUGCCUCCCGAGAAAGAAGGGGGCCUGCCACGGCAAGUGGGUAACAAGACCGAAUGUUCCUUGCUCGGCUUUUCAAAUGACUUGAAGCGUGACUACCAGGCAAUACGCAACGAGAUCCCCGAAGAGAAACUGUACAAAGUCUACACCUUCAAUUCAGUCCGCAAGUCUAUGAGCACUGUGUUGAAGAUGGCUGAUGGCAGCUACCGUAUGUUCAGCAAAGGGGCCUCGGAAAUUCUCCUGAAAAAGUGCUAUAAAAUCCUGACAGCAAAUGGUGAAUCCAAGGUGUUUCGCCCUCGGGACAGAGAUGACAUGGUUAAGAAAGUGAUUGAGCCCAUGGCCUCAGAGGGCCUGAGAACCAUAUGCCUUGCAUAUAGAGAUUUCCCUGUCUCUGAGGGUGAGCCUGACUGGGACAAUGAAAAUGAUAUCCUCAGUGGACUGACCUGUCUCUGUGUGGUGGGCAUUGAAGACCCCGUGAGACCUGAGGUCCCUGACGCCAUCAGGAAAUGCCAACGUGCUGGUAUCACAGUGCGGAUGGUGACUGGGGACAACAUCAACACAGCUCGAGCCAUCGCCACCAAGUGUGGCAUCCUACUGCCUGGAGAUGACUUCCUCUGCCUAGAAGGCAAAGAGUUUAACCGAAGGAUACGCAAUGAAAAAGGAGAGAUUGAACAAGAACGCAUUGACAAGAUCUGGCCCAAACUACGAGUACUGGCUCGCUCUUCCCCCACAGACAAACACACCCUAGUAAAAGGUAUUAUUGACAGCACAGUGUUAGAAAAAAGACAAGUAGUAGCAGUGACAGGAGAUGGUACCAAUGAUGGUCCAGCCCUGAAGAAAGCUGAUGUUGGCUUUGCCAUGGGCAUUGCUGGUACAGAUGUAGCCAAGGAGGCAUCUGACAUCAUCCUGACUGAUGACAAUUUCUCCAGCAUCGUCAAGGCCGUCAUGUGGGGCCGCAACGUCUACGACAGCAUCUCUAAGUUCCUCCAGUUUCAGCUAACUGUCAAUGUGGUGGCUGUCAUUGUAGCAUUUACAGGAGCCUGCAUCACACAGGAUUCUCCACUGAAAGCAGUACAGAUGUUAUGGGUCAACCUCAUCAUGGACACCUUUGCUUCACUAGCCUUGGCCACAGAGCCCCCUACAGAAGCCUUGCUGCUAAGGAAGCCAUAUGGCCGCAACAAGCCUCUCAUCUCCCGCACCAUGAUGAAGAACAUCCUGGGUCACGGAGUGUUCCAGUUAGUCACCAUCUUUACUCUGCUCUUUGCCGGAGAGAAGUUCUUUGACAUUGACAGCGGCAGGAAUGCACCUCUCCACGCCCCGCCUUCUGAACACUACACCAUUGUCUUCAAUACAUUUGUACUGAUGCAGCUUUUCAACGAGAUCAACGCCCGCAAGAUCCAUGGUGAAAGGAAUGUCUUUGAAGGCAUCUUCAACAACCUUAUCUUCUGUAGUAUUGUCUUUGGUACCUUCAUUAUCCAGUUCGUCAUAGUGCAGUUCGGUGGGAAGCCAUUCAGCUGCGUGGCUCUGACCGUCGACCAGUGGCUAUGGUGUACUUUCUUAGGCUUUGGCUCUCUACUAUGGGGACAGGUAAUCUCUUCAAUACCCACCAGCCGCUUAAAAUUCUUGAAAACGGCAGGCCACGGCACCCAGAAAGAGGAGAUCCCAGACGAAGAGCUGGACGAGCUUAGUGACAAUGAUGAGAUUGACCACGCUGAGCGGGAGCUUCGCCGAGGCCAGAUCCUCUGGUUCCGAGGCCUCAAUCGCAUCCAGACUCAGAUCCGGGUGGUGAAUGCAUUCCGCAGCUCCAUCUCCCUCUAUGAGGGGCUGGAGAAGCCUGAGUCGCGAUCAUCAAUCCACAACUUUAUGACCCACCCUGAAUUUCGGAUUGAGGACUCUGAGCCCCAUAUUCCCCUCAUAGAUGACACUGACGCAGAGGAUGACGCCCCGACCAAGCGCAACUCUGCAAGCCCCCGCAACACUACGCCCACGCCGCCCUCACCCACCACCGUUGCCCCCACCACGCCGGUCUCUCCCUCCCCAAACCAGAACAAUAACGCUGUGGAAAGCAGUAACCACCUCCUCCCAGAAGGCCCCAAAUCAGGGACCCUCUCGGCCCCAGGGAGCCCCCUACACAGCCUGGAGACCUCCCUUUGAUCUGACCCUGCGCCACGCGUCACCACCACUUUUCUACCCGCCACCAAGGAGCUCGAAUCAGACAAAACGAACGAACACUUGCAGAAGAGAGACGAAGGGCUAAGAGGAGAGCGGAGUCUUGUGUGAGCUUGGCUUUGGCUGGACUAAAAGAACAGCAAACAUUCAGAGGAAUGUACGGCUUGGUGUGGAUGCUUUGGUCUUCUUUUAUUUUAGGUUCUUAUUAAUACCCCGCUGCAACACAAGGACUGUCUUCACCCCUCCCUCCUUGGUAACUUUUGUUUUUCUCGGUAAACAAGGGGUGAUUAUAAACUCAGAUUGAAAGUGACCUGUUUUUAUUAUUCUAUUAUUAUUAUUAUUAUUAUUAUUUUAAUUGAGACGGGGAGGUCCUCCUCCUGGCUUGAAGAUCGUCUGUAAGAAUUAUGAAAGAACCUUUAGCUUCUCUUUUAUCUGAAUGGUGUUGUAUAUUUAUCUCUUUGGCCCUUGCUCAUUCAAAACUUAUUUCUGCUCCAUUGGCUGUUAAUAUUUUGAGUUAUUUAUGUUUUUGGAAAAAAGCAGGUCUGUUUACAAAGUUUGUAGAUACUUUUUUUCUGUUUGUAGGCAAAAGAGCUUCCUGAUGUAUGAUGCAGAAAACUGGGACAGAAUUAAAAAAAAAUGAAUGAGAGGAUUAUUUCAGAUACUGCUGUAUUUUCAGGAAAAAAAGGGUGUUUCUAUUGAAACUUAACUAUUUUUGCCUGCAAGUUUUGUUAUAUAUUUGUAGAUAAAUGUAGAAUCUUCUAGCCAAACCGAUAAACACUAAGGCUUGUAUAGAAAAAGGUCCUCCGGGUGAGGUGUUUUCACAGGAGACGGGACGGGAAAGACAUUUAGGGCCUCUGUCCAAUAACUGCUAUAAAUAUUUACUACUUCCAUUUCUUCGAUAGUUUUCAUGUGCACAAAACCUUCUGGAGUUCUGGAUUCUCUUUUCAUUCAUUAUGUUGUGUUCAAGGAUUUCCACAUGUUGAAAGGUUCACUCAUUAAAAGGGAGUUGAGAAUAAAUCUGGGCCUGUAUUUAGCAAGCAUCUCAGACUGACACCUAGAAUUAUGCUGAAACAAAGUCUUACCUCGAAGUUGGACAUGAGGUCCUCAUGAAGCCUCCUACAGUCGCUUUCAGCAGGAAGUAGUUUAGAUUGUUGUGGUUUCACACCACUAUCGUACUGUAAAAUGUCUUGUAGUAGUUAUUAGUUCCGUUCAAAAGAGGUUGAUACUGAUUAUUUGAUGCAGGAAAAAUGUGCGUUUAUGACUAAUUUAUGCAUGUUAAGGCUACAAAAUUUGUUUUUGCCAAAGCUCAUAAAACACUCAAAAGACUUAAAGUUCAGUUGUUGUUGUUUUUUAUCACUUGAGUUCAAAGUAACGCUGUAUUCAGCCAGUGCGCUUAUUUAUUUUUCAAUAAGAAGUCCAUAUUAAUGUGCCUUGGCUACAAUAAUAAUUUAGACAAUGCUUUGUCCCGUCAUCGGCCAUCAGCAGGUGACUCCUCACAGAUGAACACCGUUACUCCUCUAGCUAAAAGAAGGACCUCAAACUGCUCCUUCUGGGCCAGUUGUGUUUGAUUCUCUCUCUGGAUGCUUGAUAAAUAUGGACCCCGGUCAUCUUUUUUUUUUCGUAAUUAGUGUUUUAAUUUAUUUAUUUUUCUCAGCAAAACCUUAGCCCCCUACCAAUGUACAAUAUUGACAUUUGUUUACUCAGGCAUAGAAAAAAAUAUUUAAUUUAAAAGAAAAAGGAAUCUAUAAAGAACCUUUUAAAUUCAGAUUUUGUGUAUUUAGGUAGUGCAACAUUGUAUUGGUUAAAACAAAAAGUGAAUUAUUUGCAUAUUUCAUUCAGUCUUUUAAGAUCAUGCCUUAGGAAAAACUUAAUUUUACUCCUGCAAGUUCUGUUUUGUUGACAUUUUUAAAAUCAAAAACAGGGGAAAAAUUAUUAAUUUUUUUCUCUCUCUCUCUCAAUCAAUAACAAAUAAGACUCCUUUCACCGUGGAUAAAUGUUGCCACAUUUGAUUUGUUUGUAAAAUAUUUUUGACACCUGGUGUACUGGAAACGCUAUAGAAUUGGACAUGUGCAUUUUUCAAGAAUAAAGACUAGGCAUACACUGGUAUCUAUCUGCACAGGGUACUUUAUUUCAUAGCGUUCCUUGGGGGGGGAAAAUAAUUUUGAUACAAAUCAUAA